AUGCUGUCGAAUUCUGGGUUAGUACAGGACUUUUGGGCAGAAGCAGCUGCUACAGCUUGCUACUUGGUGAAUCGUUCUCCAUCAGCAGCAAUCGAUUGCAAGACUCCUGAAGAGGUAUGGUCUGGAAAACCUGCUAAUUAUCUAGAUUUGAAGGUAUUUGGAUGCCCUGCCUAUGUUCAUGUUAAUGAUGGUAAGCUUGAGCCUAGAUCGAAGAAGGGCAUAUUUCUUGGUUACCCGCAGGGUGUAAAAGGAUAUAGAGUUUGGCUUCCUGAUCCAAAGUCAUCUAAGGUUGUGAUUAGCAGGGAUGUUGUGUUUGAUGAGAUGGCAAUGCUGCAUCCAAAAAGGGAGCCCGUUGUUUCAGACAGUGUGCCAAAGCAGGUGGAGUUUAGGGUGGAGGAAGUAAGUACUUCACAGAAUGGUUCAGUUUCAAGCCCAUUUGAGACACCCACUCAUGUGGAAGAAGAGAGAAUUGAGGAGGUGCAGGAGCAUUCGAUUGCCAAGGAUAGACCUCGCAGGGAGAUCAAGAAGCCCUCUAGUUUAGCUGACUAUGUCACUUUUGCUUGUGUUGCAGCACAGGAGAUCGAGAGUCCCAGUGAUCCUCGCAACUAUUAUGAAGCCAUUUCAUGUGAGGAUUCUGCAAAGUGGUUAAUUGCUAUGCAGGAAGAGGUGGAGUCGCUUCAUAAGAACCACACUUGGGAGUUAGCAUUACCUCCAGAGGGUAAGAAGAUUGUGGGAUGCAAGUGGGUCUACAAAAAGAAAGAAGGCAUCCCUGGUGUUGAAGAUUCGAGGUACAAAGCACGUUUAGUAGCAAAGGGGUAUUCGCAGGUACAGGGAGUUGAUUUUAAUGAUAUAUUUUCCCCUGUCGUUAAACAUACUUCUAUUCGUGCUUUGUUAGCGCUAGUUGCUAUGCAUGAUUUAGAGUUGGAGCAACUAGAUGUGAAGACCGCUUUCUUGCAUGGUGAGCUUGAGGAGACAAUUUAUAUGCAGCAACCCGAAGGUUUCGAGGUUGAAGGAAAAGAGGAUCAUGUGUGUUUGUUGAAAAGGUCCUUGUAUGGUUUGAAGCAAUCCCCUCAUCAGUGGUACAAGCGGUUUGAUGGGUUUAUGUUUAGUCAUGGCUAUUCUAGAAGCCAAUAUGAUAGCUGUGUGUAUUUUAGGAAGUUGGAAGAUGGCUCAUUUAUCUAUUUGUUGCUUUAUGUUGAUGAUAUGCUGAUAGUGGCCAAGAAGAAAUCCGAUAUCAACAGAUUGAAAGCAGAAUUGAGUGGUGAAUUUGAGAUGAAAGAUUUGGGAGCGGCAAAGAAGAUUCUUGGUAUGGGGAUUGAGAGAGAUAGAUCUGCAGGUAAACUUUUCUUGACUCAAAGAUCUUUUGUUGAGAAAGUUCUGGAGCGUUUUGGAAUGAAGAACGCUAAACCUGUAAGUACUCCAUUAGCUACUCAUUUUAGAUUGUCUGCUGAUAUGUCACCACAGUCGGAUAGAGAUAUUGAGUAUAUGUCACAUGUUCCUUAUUCUAGUGCUGUUGGUAGUUUGAUGUAUGCUAUGGUGUGUACCCGUCCUGACAUUGCACAUACUGUUAGUAUUAUGAGUAUUGUUCUGGGAGGGAAUUCAAAGAGUCCUGAAGAGAACAAACCUUCUUGGAAAGAAAAAUUAAAAGAUUUUAAAGAAAUUCUGAAUCCAGGAGGGAAAUAUCCUUACAGAUGGAAGAAUAUAUUUCUGUGGGCAUGUGUGAUUGCAGUGUCAACGGAUCCAUUGUUUUUAUACAUUCCUACAAUAAUUGAAAAUGAUCACAAAAAAUGUGUUGCACCAGACAAGAAAAUGGAGAUUGCAGCACUGCUUUGUCGAACUUUCACUGAUGUAUUUUUCAUAACGGAUAUUUAUUAUCAAAUCAAAACUAGAUUAGUUAUGGACGAGUCCUUCGCUGUAGCCACAAUAACGAGAAAGCUUUGGCCAUAUUCCAUCUUAGCUGAUGUUCUAGCUGUUCUUCCCCUUACACAGGUGGGCAUUGCAUAUUUAUUUUUCAAACGGAGUCUCUGGAGAUCUUUUGUAAAUUUCCUUCUUGUUUGCCAAUAUACAAUAAGGAUUGUUCGAAUGCACCUAGCGUUUAGUGAACUAAAAAGGACCCCUAAAGCACUGGGCCCAAAGGCUAAAGGUGCACUGAAUUUGUUUCUCUAUGUUACUUCCAGUCAUAUACUUGGAGCGUUUUGGUACUUUCUUUCAGUUCAACGACAGACAGCAUGUUGGCGAAAUGCAUGUAGAAAACUUAAUAUAAAAGCUUGUGUUCGUGCUAAUUUCGAAUGUACCGACCGUCAACGGGCAAAUCCGGCAUUUCUUAAUGCAUAUUGCCCUGUAGAUCCACAAAAUCCAAAGAUAUUCGAUUUCGGAAUAUUUAUUGACGCCGUAGGUAUUCUCGGUCCAGUUGACUUUCCAAAAAAGUUUUUCCAUUCUUACUGGUGGGGCCUACAAAAUCUCAGUUCUUUCGGUCAAAACUUGAAAACAAGUCCCUAUGUCUGGGAAGUCUGCUUCGCGGGUCUUAUUACUGUCGUUGGCUUGCUUCUGUUUACAUAUUUAAUUGGAAAUAUUCAGACAUAUAUGCAGAUGGCCGCCACAAGAGCGGAGGAGAUAAGAAAAACUAUGAAAAUCAAAGAUGAAGAAUUCAAGAUAAUUUUCGGCGACCAACUUCCUCCGAAAUUAAAAAUGGUUUUACUGCAACAAAUUCAAUAUGCAAAUGAAAAACAUAAAAAUAUUGACUGGCAAACUGUGUUAGCUUCCUUCGGGGAUCAAACACAGCCUUUCACCAAGGGGGAGCUAGAAUUAAUAUGUAGGAAGAUGGCUGCCACAGGAUUCAGGAAUGAGAAGGAAAUUCAAAAAUUAAGUGCAGACUUGUGGUUGCACAAUAAUAACAUCCCCUUCGAUUUGAAGCGUAUUAUCCGGCAGUGUGUGGAAUGGAAAUUGGAAUACAGCAAAGAUGUCAAUCUGCAGACUGUGCUCUGUGUUCUUCCCCUAAAAUAUAAAGAUGCUCUCAAGGAGCAUUUUUGCUUAGCUACCCUAAAGAAAUUGCCGAUGCUUCAACAUAUUAGUGAGCAAAUGCUUAAACGAAUCAUAGAUCAUGUCGAGCCAGUGAUGUACAAUCCAAACAGCUACAUUAUCCGAGAGGGUGAACCACUUGAUUUUAUGCUUUUCAUUACGCAAGGCACCGCGUGGAGCUUCACAGCUAAUAAUUAUAGAUCUUUCACCAGUUUUACGCGUCUUAAGAAAGGUGAUUGCUAUGGUGAAGAACUUGUGCAAUGGACAUCUACAUUUGCCUCCUUCCUGGACUUCCCAAUGUCCCACUCAAAUGUCAAAUCCCAUACCAAAGUCGAAGCCUUCAUUCUCAAUGCCAGCGACUUGAUGAAUUUUGUCUCUACUAACUGGAGCCAUUUCACCAGAAACAAACGCCUUGAUCUAACCAGAUCUAACUUGGAGCGUUUGGACUCUGCUGCACUUCAAAGUGUACGGAAUUUCCGGGAAAGUUACAGGCGCCGCCGCCAUUCCUAUUAUCCUAGAAGACUUAAAAGCCAACGGAGCAGUGUGGCUAACAGAGCCACGCUCUAA